AAAGACACCGGCAGUCAAACUUCUGCUAAGGCUCACCGAUUAACGCGAGUGACGAGUGUUAACUGGAUCACCGAGUCAUCUUGUUCACAGUUAAUUGCUCUUUCUCCAAGUCUCCACCAGGUUUCUUAUAAGGAUUCCACAUCUAUAUCCAACAAGAUGGAAAAUUCUUUAUCUGAACUUACAUAUAAAGGUUCUAUUCCUGAAGCCAUACUUGAAUCCAAGAAGCAGAAGAAGCUUUUCGUUGUCUACAUAUCUGGAGCUGAUUCUGAUUCAAUCGAGUUGGAAAAAUCCACAUGGACUGAUUUGAAAGUGGCAGAGUCACUGUCAAAGUACUGCAUUUUGUUGCAUAUACUCGAAGGAAGUGCUGAUGCGGCAAACUUUUCUGCAAUAUAUCCACAAAAAUCUUUCCCUUCUAUAACAGCUAUUGGGUACAAUGGAGCUCAGCUUUGGUACAGUGAAGGGUUUAUCAGUGCUGAAGUUCUGGCCUCCAGUUUAGAAAAGGCGUGGUUGAGUCUUCAUAUACAGGAAACAACUGCCACUGUCCUUACUGCAGCACUUGCUUCAAAGAAACCUGAACAAUCUACCGCUGGAUCUUCUGAGAUUGGCUUGUCUGGCCAAGGGAGUUCUUCGGGUACAGUUGUUCCAUCACCUUCAGUGGAAAAACAUGUAGGAUCCUCAGAGUCAGAUGCUAGACCACCAGUCAGUUGUGAGAAAAAAGAAGAAAAAACCAGUUAUGAACUUGCCGUGGAGGGAAAAAGUACUGAAGCUGAUGACCAUGCAUCUUCUAAAUUAUCUAAUUCCGAUGAGUCGCUGAAUGUUUGGGCUGAGCAAUCCACUUGUCCGAGUGAAGAAGCCAUGCAAUUACCAAAUCCUUUGAUGCGAGACCUAGACAAUUCUGUAGCUGUUAGCAUGUCUUCUAGCACUCAAGAUGGCUCCCCUACUCAAAACAAGAUCAUUAAUCAUCAUCAUUCAGAUGUUCCUCACAAAGAUUCACGAUCAGAUAUUACUGAAGCAAAUGAAGCUUUACGAGAUGAAGCGAAUGACUCUUUUGAUGAUCGGAAAGCUGACACGUUAGGUAAUACUACGAGUGUGAAUGCAUUGAGUGAUGUUCAUUUAAACAUCCGAUUGCCCAGUGGUGUUAGCUUACAAGACAAAUUUUCUGUGGGAAGCACUUUAAGGAUGAUCAAAGACUACGUGGACAGAAACCAAGAAGGUAGCAUUGGCUCAUAUGACCUUGCUAUUCCUUACCCUCGCAAGGUGUUCAGCAAUGAAGAUUUAAGCAAAUCAUUGUCAGAGUUGGGUCUGUUCAACAGACAAGCGUUGAUAGUAGUCCCUCAUCAAAGAGCCACAAGCUACAACAGAGGAGGCUCUUCCUCUGACCAUACUACAAGUGAUUCAUCGACAGCGAAUAAUGGGGGAUAUUUUGCACAUAUCAAAAGUAUGUUGUCUUACAUCAAUCCUCUUUCUUAUAUCGGUGGUAGUACAAGCUCAUCCAGUUCUGGACAAGCACAACCUGGCAUCUGGGAGUACAGUCCAAAUCCGGCACUUCAGAAUAACUUGGCAAGAUCAGAGAGGCCCUACACCGGCUCGACACCAAAUCAAAGCACUCCUGCAGCUGGCAGAAAUGAUAACAGAAGCAAACCACCAACAGUGUCCCAUUUUGGAAGCAAUAUUCACACACUGAAACGCGAUGAAGAUGAUAACCAAUUCGGUGACAGAAACGCCUUCUGGAAUGGAAAUUCAACUCAAUAUGGUGGCAACAGCGAUGGUAAAUAAGGCUUCUGGUUGGGUUUUUGCACUCUGAUCACCGGUUAUUAAGCGGGGAGCUCUAUUUGCGGUUUCCUACCAGUCACCGGCUUUAAAAUUAUUACUUGUCCUGAUAUAUUAUUCUAGAGGAAACAUUACUGUCUAAAGACGUUAUCGUUAAUAAUACAAAGGAGAUGACUUAUUGGUAGUUGUAAAUAUUUCAUUUUUACCGUUUGGAUAUAUUCUUACUGAAGAGCCUACUUGUAAUUUUUGCUCUUAAAAUAAAUUAUUGAAUUUUAGAACCU